UCUUUUCCAAUCAGCAAAACAUAUUGUCUGUCACCAUCAUGCCACCAAAGAAAUCCGAUUCAACAGCAUCGCCUGCCAACUCUGAAAAGAGGACACGUACGCCUUCAAGACGUCGUUCUUCUACAGGCUUAAAAGCAAAAGCAAAGAAAGCUGCAGGUCCAAGUCGCGUAAAAGCAUUACGAACAGUCUUUUCAUCAAAAUCAAAAUACGUUCAUUUUGCCGGUUAUGCUGUAGGAGUGUUAUUCAUCGCUUUUGGGCUCUUAGAUUUCAUCAAUCCAAAACUUGGCGCUUCUUUCUUUGAAAUUGAUUAUCCAAUUUUACCUAAACAACAAAUCGCAGUUGAUGCUUUGGUGUAUGUCGUUGGAGCAAGGGAUUUGUUCAUCGGUGCUUCUUUGAUCUUAGCAUUAUACUUUGCAAACCGUCAAACGACUGCUUAUUUGUUCUUACUUGCAAGUUCUCAAGCUAUUUUGGACGGCGCAAUCUGUUUCUUCAAAGUUGGAAAAGGUCAUCUUAAUCAUUGGAGUUAUGCUCCUUUGGUCGCUUUCAUCGGUGCAAUCUUGACUGGCUCUUUGGACAUUUAGUCUGCUUUUAUCGUCUCUUUCUCUCACGCUGUAUCUCUGGACUUUUGUACUUCCUUCUUCUGCUGUGCUCUUCCCCUCUCCGUCCCGCUCUCUCUAUUCUUUCUCCUCAUGUAAUGUUUACGGACUUGUAUAUGAUGAUUGCAAGAAAUAUAUAUUUG